CGAGUGACCCACGUGACACCGAUGUCCGGAACCUUGAAAACUCUGAUAAAUGGAGGUAUGAAGAUCUUCCUGCGGCCUCUGUACUGCACCAGAGCAGUGAGGAGCUCACCCCAGGAGGGCAGCCAUGGAGCGUUCACCACCCCAGAGCAGCCUGAUGCCAGCCAUGCCCCUGCGCCGAGCUGCACACCCAGUGACGCCAAGAAGAGGGGCCGACGAGACAGUGCAAACUUCUUAAAGCCUGAAGUUGCUGUGGAGCGCCUGCAGGCCGCGGACAGUAUCGUCUCCAUUGUGUUUGGACUGAAGAGACUGGCCUGGGCUCAUGUGGACCGCACCCUGACUCUGAGAGACUGGCAGCAACAUGAAUGGUACCUGAUGGCGAAGGGGAGACAGCCCACUGAUCUCUACCUGGAAGAUGUGUCUUCAGCCGUCUCUAAGCUCCCAGCAGCAGACAUCUACAUCCUUGAGAGAAGCUCGCUGUCUGCCCAGAACACCUCCCUGUUUCCUGUGAUGUUGCACCUGCGGAUAGUGGAAGCCAUGUUGUACGCGCUGCUGAACCCUGCUUAUGUGGUGGCGCGGGAGCACAGGGUCUUCAGCAUGGCCAGGACCACAGUGGGAAAGCAUUUUGACAUCAUGGUGGGUGGGUGUAAAACGAGCGGCGUGGACUUAGUGCAGCAGCUGGUGGAAGAGGCCGGGACCCUGGAGCAGCCGCGGCUCCGCUUCACACCGGACCUCCUUCUCCAGUACAAGCACAAGUGCCUGUCCCGAGGACAGAACCGGAACGAGGAGCUGUGCGAUGCUCUGCUGCAGGCCAUCGCCUUCUAUGAGCUCAUCAGGAACGACUCUACCGUCUGAGGGCGUAGCAAAUCCCCUCAGCUGACCUCCUUUGUGCUGCUGCUGGACGAUCAGAUGGAGACUAUCAGCAUGGCCUCAGGGAUAGGGAUGCAGAUGAGCUCUGGUGCCACCAGAUGGCAGUGAUUCAACAAACAGGCCUUGAGAUAUGACUAGCCAGCACCUCAUCUGCAGACAGCACCCAGUUCUCUCUGCUCUGAUGAGGGGCAAUCAUCUGAAACCGCUGUCUGCAGAUGGGGUGCUGACUUAUUUAGUAUCCCAGUCACAUCUCAAGGCCUGUUUAAAAGGUUGGACAUUGACUUAUAAGAUCGCUGCCUUACAUAUGGUGGCAUCAGAGGCGGAGCUUAUUAAAGGGGUUGUUUAGAGCUGGAACCAGAUGUAUCCCCAUUUUCAUCCAAGCAGCCCCCCCCCUGACAUGAGCAUCAGAGCUAUCAUGGUCCUGAUGCAGGGCAAGGGCUUUUUUGCUUACAUUUAUCACUCUGCUAGGCAGUGGCUUCCUCCUAGCAGUGUUCCUGGUGAUGUCACCAGCUCUGAGGGGCAGGCUUUAUUGCUGCCCUAGCUGUUUUACAGGCCGGGGCAGCACUAAAGCCCGCCCAUUAGUGACCUCACUGCUAGGUGGAAGCCUCGGCCUAGCUUACCCAUGGAGUGUCUGGUACCUCAUUGCAUCUCCAGAAUAAGCCUUUGUCCUGCGCGAUUCAGCGUCAGAGCUGAGUGGAGGAAGAAGGGCUUAGGCCCUUUAAGAGCUCAUUUGCAUCCCUGAAUUCCAUUGGGGCAAGGUGCACCGCCUCCUAGAAUUAAAGGGAAUGUGUCACCAAAAAUGUUACCUGCCAAACUGGACAGAGUCUUCUUUCUAGUUCCAGAAUACGGGGCGGCCCUCAGUGUCACUUGUGCAGGGAGGUGGAGUAGACAAGCUCUGACAGAUCAUGUCUUAUCUAUACACAGAGGAUUACAAUGGCAGAUAACUGCAGUAGAGGGAUCUGUACAGACCGAUAACUGCAGGAUGUUACGGCUUUUGUUUAAUUAUAGAUAUUGACACGGAAUAGUAAAAGCAUCAAAAAUGAUUUACAAAUAUGUUAAACAGGUCACUUUCCGAGGACACACUCCCUUUAAAUGUGGAAAGCAGACGUUCUGGUGUUUCCUACAGGUCAGUCUGACCGCAGCGGGGGUUCAGUCACAUGACUGGUCU